AUGUUAUUCCUUAUUAUAAUACUACUUAUUCCUGUAAUCAAUGCACAAGGAAGAGGCCGUGCAUGUGGUACAAUGCAAUCGUAUUUUGCUCUUCGUGACCGUAUUGUUGGUGGUCAACUUGCAUCGGAUUAUGCAUGGCCAUGGCAAGUUUAUAUAUCAUUAAAUGGUCAAUUUAUUUGUGGUGGAACAUUGAUUACUCGUGAACAUAUUACAACAGGUGCUCAUUGUAUCGUUGGACAAUCAAAUAAUCCAAGUGAUUAUACGGUUACUGUUGGUGCACAUAAUCAGGCUCGACAAGGUUAUUAUGCUGGUACAACUUAUCGUGUAGCAUCAGUUUAUGUACAUCAAAAUUAUGUUAGUGCUGAAUAUGGAUAUGAUAUAGCUAUAAUGCAUUUAAGUCGUACAGUUGACAUAAGUGAUACUGUUAAUGUUAUUUGUUUACCACCUUCUAACUAUAAUAUACCAAUGUACGAACCUGUAGCUAUAACUGGAUUCGGUUUAACUAGUGAAGGUGGAAGUUUACCAUAUACAUUACAACAAGCAAUUAUACAACUUUUGCCAACAUGUAGUAGUGUUUAUGGAGGAUAUAAUUCUCGAACCCAACUUUGCGCAGGUAUUCAAGGAGGUGGCCGAGAUACAUGUCAAGGUGAUUCUGGCGGCCCAUUAGUUUAUCAAGCACGUAAAUCUGAUCAAUGGGUUCUUGUUGGUAUAACAUCGUAUGGUGCUGGAUGCGCUCGUGUUAAUUAUCCAGGAAUUUAUACUAAAGUUUCAGCUUACCUUAGUUGGAUUCAACAAGUCAUAUCUCAUCAUCCACCAAUUACAAAUUUCUAUGUAUCAAAUCGAAAGGAAGGAUUUUGUGUUCAAGGAAGUAUUUUGGCAAGAUCAAAAUUCUAUGGCAAUAGUCUUUCGGCUAUACUUGAUGGAGCAGCUCGACUUACUCUUCUUAGUAGAGGUGAAGAUUAUGUUAUCACAAUGCCAUAUGCUAAUUGCAAAGGGAUUCUUAUUGGUAAAUUAACUAUGGAAUUAGGUGGUAAAGUUACUAUUGUUUGUGAAAAAACUCGAUAUUCAGCUGAUAUUGAAUUUAAAUUAAAACCAUUUAUCGGUGGUCAAGAACUUACAAAUCAUAUUGAAGGAAAAAUACGACUUGAGAAAGAUGUUAUAUAUACAUUUUCCGGUCAUUGGGAUGAUGAAAUAACAAUGGUUGAGAAAGCAACAAAUACAAAAAGCGUCUUUUGGAAAGUUUCACAAUCUGUUGUCAAUUCACGAUUAAAACGAUAUGUUGUUCCAAUUGAACAACAACAAGAUAAUGAAUCAGAAAAAUUAUGGCAACGUGUUACAAUAGCUAUUAAACAAAAUGAUCAAAUAUCUGCAACAGAGGAAAAAACAAUUAUCGAAGAUGAACAAAGACGACAAAUAAAAGAACGUAAAGCAACGAGUACAGAAUGGCAUCCACGUUUAUUCAAUAUUGAUUCAAAUACAAAAGAAUGGAUUUAUACUUAUGCUGACGCACGUCCAUGGGAUGCUCAUAAUGAUAUAUCAACUUAUGAAAAUAAUUUUGUGAUUUGUACUCGUACUCGUCAUCGUGCACAUAAUAUGAAUAAUACAAAUAAAUCUUCAAGUCGAAGUAAUUUAACAAUUAAUCCUGUUCGACAAACUUCAACAUUAGCACGUGGCCCGUCACCAUCAUUAAAUAAUAUUCAUGAUGAUCAUUCACAAUCAAUAACACCAACAAAUCUGAAUCAAACAUCAUUAUUUAAGUCAAAAUUGACUGAAGACUCAACAGCAAUAUUAAAACAUCUUGAAACAACAUUAAAUCGUAUUAAUGAAAGACUUGAUACACAUGAAAAAGAUUUAAAUUUAUUAAAAAAUAAUCGAGCUAAAAAUGAAUCAAAUCAAUUUAGUUAUAUUUUACCAUAUACUCAAUAUAUACUUAUAAUUAUUGUUGCAAUCAUAUUAAAAUACAUCUUUCAAUAA